GCUCGACUUCUAAAUCAACGUUCACACUUUCAUCGUUCCAUCUAACGGCUAGAGUUCAUCCUCUCCCUCCCGAAUAUUAGGGUUUGUUUUUCACUCUCCUCCUACCACUCCCACACAUUUCCUCCGCUUCAGUUUUCUCCAGAAAAUCAUGGUGAAGGGUCCAGGUCUCUACUCCGACAUCGGCAAGAAAGCUCGAGAUCUUCUGUUCAAAGAUUAUCAGAAUGACCACAAGUUCACCAUCACCACUUACACUUCUGCUGGAGUGGAAAUCACUUCAACCGGUGUCAAGAAGGGCGAGAUAUAUUUGGCGGAUGUUAGCACUAAGCUAAAGAACAAGAACAUCACUACAGAUGUCAAAGUGGACACUAACUCAAAUCUACAUACAACCAUCACUGUGGAUGAACCUGCACCUGGACUGAAGACAAUUUUUAGCUUUAUUUUUCCAGAUCAGAAAUCUGGCAAGGUGGAACUCCAAUACCAACAUGAAUAUGCUGGAAUCAGCACUAGCAUUGGAUUGACAGCAAGCCCUAUUGUUAACUUCUCUGGUAUCAUUGGAAAUAAUUUGGUCGCUGUUGGGACAGAUCUUUCAUUUGAUACUGCCUCUGGCAACUUUACCAAGUACAAUGCAGGAUUGAACGUCACGCAUGCUGACCUUAUUGCAUCUCUUACUCUAAAUGAUAAAGGUGACUCUCUUAACGCCUCAUAUUACCAUGUUGUUAGUCCGCUGACUAACACUGCUGUUGGUGCGGAGCUUUCACAUAGCUUUUCUAGCAACGAAAAUAUACUGACUAUUGGCACCCAGCAUGCUCUUGACCCAAUAACUUUACUGAAAGCUCGGGUGAACAAUUAUGGCAGAGCAAGUGCUCUGAUCCAGCAUGAAUGGAAUCCAAGGACCCGCGUAUCUCUUGUUGGCGAGGUGGAUACUGGGGCAAUUGAAAAAAGUGCAAAGGUUGGUCUUGCUUUGGCCUUGAAGCCGUAGACUUGAUGAUUUUGAAUUGAUAGGCUGCGUGGCAAUAAGUUUUAGAGCUAGGGUUUCACUUUCCUCAUGAACCUUUGGUCCUUCAUAUUGGAGCUGUUAAUUUCUUGCUGGGUAGGGUGUAAAAUUAAUAAGCACAGAACCAAUUUUAAAGUACAUUCAUUCAACAAAUCCAGCCAAACCUCAUUGAUUUAGAUGCACAUUUGACUAAGUUUUUUGAGCAUGGAAGGUGAUGGUCAUGCAAUAUUAUUGUUGGGUGUAUAUCAAAGCUUUGACUUUUGUUUGGUAAAUAUGUGGUUCCGUUUA